AUGUUCAACCCAUUAAACAAACCAACAACCGCAUCAAAUGUGAUGAAACAUUUUGUGCGUGGGAAAAGACAAGCAUCUGAGCUUAAUAUUGCAACUCAAAAAAUAGUCAACCAAUUGUCAGUUUUAUCAGCAAGUAGGAAACAACCAAAGCUCUUGAAAUUGUGCAAUGAGGAUUUCAUCAAACAUAAAACCAUUAUGAAUGCGUGGAAGUUGGUACAACGAAGAAGAAUAACCGAACAAUCUAAAAAAUUGUCUAAACAAUAUAAAAGCAUUGUCAAUGCCAUGGAAGAUUUAAAACAAACAAGUCCUGAGUUGUUCGAAGUUGCAAAUGCUAAAAACUCGAAACGUUUUACCACCUUCCCUAUUGAAAUGAGAGUGCCUACUGACUAUCCACCUAACAAACCAUGGACUUACAACUAUGUUCCUUCAAAGACCCAUCAUUAG